GUCCAGGACAGGGUCUCCUCAUCCAGCUUCCGCCUCCCGCGGGGCCGUGUGCCCCCUCUCUGCUCACCUUUCCGUUCUGCAAACAGACUCCCAAAUCUCUGCACUUUCAGAUCAAGAAACUGAGAGUCAAAAAGGUCAGAGCUGGCAUUAGAACAAGAAGCUGUGUCCGUCCGAGUCCUGGGAAUGAAACAGAAGUGUUGGAGCUAGGGAGCCAGAGAAAGGGAAGGCAGGUAGCCCAGGCUGACCCUCCUUCCUCACAGGUUUGGGGCUCAAGGUGCAGCCCAGACACUCGCCAUCGUCCCUUCUACACACGGUAUGCCAUAUGUCCCCCCCGAUUGUUUUUAGGCACAAGUGGCCGUUUUAGAGGGUGGGUAGGGACCGGAACAUAGUGGCAACUUCAGAGAUGCUCGUGUACAAUGCUUCGCGUGACUGAUGGCAGGCUGGGCAUCUUAGAGCAAUGGGGAGCCACGGAGGGUGUGUGAGCAGGAGUCCAGAUCUGAGCUGCGGGAAGAAAAUUCCUCUAGGCCAGCCUGAGGGAUUAAACUAGCCAGGGCAUAUUCACAAUGCACGAGUUUUCCAGAUUGCGAAGAGCUAGGACUAAAGGGCAUCCGGGCUGCGCGCCAAGAGGAGAAGCCUUGGCUGCGGUCGCGGAGAAGCUGCCAGCCGGCUGCGUGCCAGCUGUCUGUCCCCAGUGAGGGCGACUGAAAAGGCCAGCAGACAAUUCCCCCGACUGAAGCCAGCGGCGUCACCGCCACCCUGGAGCGCCCUCUACCAAUGGCGAAGGCGAAGAACUACAACUCCCAGAAGACCUCGACAAAAUGCCGUACGCACGCGCAGAUUGAGGAGCCGGCAAUCGCUCGCCGCCUGCUGGUCAUUUCGGAGAACUACACUGAGGACAACGCCUCUAGUUUAGCAUCAUGCGCAGGCGUGGAACUACAGCUCCCGGAGUGCCUCGCGGCAACACAUGGAACUACAUUUCCCAGAAGGCAUUGUCGCGGAGCCGAUGGUCUAGGAACUGGCGGCGGCAGGAACACAGUGACCCGCCGCUAGACAUGGCUUUCCUAGUCCGGAGUUAUGGGUCCCCCGCCUGCAGAUCGGUGGCCCAGUUGGGUGACAGGUGGCUCCAACCCAGGGUCUGGAUGGGGCUCCUGGACGCCUGGGGCUUCCCCUCCCUGCAGCAGGCCCGCGGCCGCACGCGCGGGAACGAGUACCAGCCCAGCAACAUCAAGCGCAAGCACAAGCACGGCUGGAUCCGCCGGCUGAGCACCCCGGCCGGCGUGCAGGUCAUCCUCCGCCGCAUGCUGAAGGGCCGCAAGUCCCUGAGCCACUGAGGUCGGCGUCGGGCGCCCGUCCCUCCGUAGGCUUUUGGAGUCUGAAGAAUUCAGAACUUGCAGAGUCCCGGGGUCCCCGCGUCCCCCGUCCACAGCGGUGGCGCCGCCUCCCUCCUCCGUGUCUCGGCGGUGUCUGAAGGCGUCUUUGCCAGCCCGGCUCCUUGAAACAUCGCGCCACCCGCGGCGAUUCCAGCCACUCGGAAGUAUUACCGGCUCGCUAAUAAACAUGCACGUUUCUAGGCG